AUGAUGCCACCCUACCCUUUGCUCGAUUGGAACCAAAUAGUUGAGUAUUCUUUUUUAGCUGAGUUCGACUUGCUAUGUGAUAGCAAUGGGCAGAUCCAGACUAAACGGUGGGCGAACCCUCUUUAUCAGCAGGCAUCAGCACAAUACUUUGAUCGUGUGCGCGCCCAGGAAGAGCUGGAGAGGCUAAAUGUUGAAGUUGGUCAUUUGAUGACAAAGAUUCGUGAUGACACUAUCUACUAUCCAAACACAAUUGCUAUCCUUUCCACUGAAGACCCGCCACUUGCCUCUGAGCUGAGUCGGCAAUGGGAACAGCUUCUGUCGGUGAACUCAUGGCAUCAGCGACGCAUUCAUCAAAUUCAGACUCUUCAUGGAUAUUCUGGA